GCAUUUUCUGGACUUCAUUUUUUUGCGCCUGAGGGGUUUUCGUUUUGAAAAAGGGGAGGGAAGUGUAGGGUUUCUGUCUGCUAGGUUUUCGCUGUCGUCUCUCGUCAAUGGCGGACGAGGUUGUGAAUUCAGAAGGCAAAGGCUCCUCGCCGGAAAGGAUUCCGGACUCCAUGGACGCGGGCGUUAUAACGCUCGGGCGCUCCGACUCUGAGAACAACGGAAAUGGUGAGCACUCGUCGGAGCCCUCUGUUGGAUCUCUGGAGCACGCGGAUUUGCUGACGAAACAAGGGGACAAGGCUUCUAAAGACAAAGAUUAUACUGAAGCCACUGAAUGCUAUAGCCGUGCGCUGGAAAUCAGGGCUAUGAAUCACGGGGAGCUUUCUCCUGAAUGUGUGCAAGCAUACUAUAAAUUUGGAUGUGCAUUGUUGUACAAAGCUCAAGAGGAAGCUGAUCCAUUGGGUUCUGUGCCUAGAAAGGAGGAGGAAUCUCAACAAAAUUCCUGUAAAGAUGAACCUGCUAAGAGUGGCAUAAGUGCUGAAUCCUCUGUUGCAAAUCCCACUGAACAAGGUGGAACAUCAAUACAAAAUGGAAAAGAAGAAGAGGAUGAUGAUGAAAAUGAAGAUGAAGAAGAAGAUGAUGAUAAUGCAAAGAAGAUCGAGUCUGAUCUUGGGGACAAUGUAUGUGGAGAUGAGGAAGAGGAUGAAUCAGACCUGGAUCUGGCAUGGAAAAUGCUGGAUGUUGCUAGGGCAAUUGUUGAAAAACAGUCUGGGGACACUAUGGAGAAAGUAGACAUAUUGUCAGCUCUAGCAGAGGUUGCUUUAGAGAGGGAGGAUGUUGAAACUUCACUCAAUGAUUACCUGAAGGCAUUAUCCAUUUUGGAGCGCUUAGUGGAACCUGACAGUCGGCAUAUUGCUGAGCUAAACUUCAGGAUAUGCCUGUGUUUGGAAAUUGGUUCUAGGCCCCAGGAGGCCAUCCCAUACUGUGAAAAAGCUAUUUCAGUUUGCAAGUCAAGGGUGCAACGGCUCACAAUGCCAUCAUCAGAGUCUACUGCUGCAGAGUCAUCCAAAAUGUUACAGUCAACUGAUUCUUCCCAGGAUAAUGAAGCAGAAAUUAAAACACUUACUGGUCUCUGUAGUGAACUAGAAAAGAAGCUUGAAGAACUUAACCAGCUUGUCUCCAACCCAACAUCUAUCCUCCAAGAUAUCCUUGGAAUUGUUGCUGCAAAGGCAAAAGGUGCUGAGAAAAGCUCUGCAUCUGUAGCAAUGAGCUCUUCACAAGUCGCCACUAUUAAUAGUCAUGGAGAUUUUGACUCCCCAACUGCUUCCACCGCCCAUACAACAAAUGGUGCAUCUGGAGUCACACAUCUUGGUGUGGUGGGAAGAGGGGUCAAGCGAGUUAAUCUAAACCCAAUCACAUCAGAGUCUAAGCCGGUGAAAAGACCUUCUCUAGAUCCUCCAAAUAAUGGCGAAGGGAGCACAUCCUGAAGCAUCUUGCAUCCCCAACUUUAAUUCGCACUACCUGUGGCCAAUUCGAUGAAUUAAAGGCAUGCUAUGGUGAUCAGAAAUUUGCUGUUGUGUCUGAGUCAUUUCAUUCUAUGAAUGUACUGCCCUUUUCCUACCUUUACCUCAUAUAGUUGUAUGGCCGAACGGCCCAAAACAGUAUUCUGCACUUAUGUCUACUCUGCAAUAUUUCUACUCCGUUCUCUCGGUUGAACUUUGAUCCAUUGCUGCUUUUGUA